CAUUGAAAUGACUGUCAACCAGUCUAUACAAAGUUGUGGAAGGUAGUUUCCCUUUACUGCACCGUGACACGUAGAUUUAAAUCAAGGAAAACUGCAUCAAGGAUAUGUCACGUUCGUUUUUGCUGUCACAAUUUAAGCAGGCACUAUAUGAUAUUUAACACGGAUGCCGACUUGGUACCAAUGCCGCAGAACGUUAGAAUUAGUUCUACUACUUGUCCCUUUGAAAGAGUGUCACGAUAGCUGCAAACCUCUACCAACGAGAUGAAUGGUAACGGACUGUUGCCAACAUUAUGUCAAAAGGUAUACAUAGCUAUUACAUUAGCAUUUCUGCUUCGUGAUGUGAAUGGACUACCGUCUGGUCCCCCCGUUACCAACUACUCGGGGUUGUGUUUAGACAUGAAACCCUCUGGGCACGGAGGCCAACCGAGCGAUAGUGCGCCGCCUUACACCUUGUAUUUCAACGAAUCCGAAUAUUCGCCAGGAAAACAUCUACAGGUGACGCUUGAAACCAGACAGAAUGGAAGUGGACAAACAGAACACUUUAAAGGUUUUUUCAUCCUCAUCGACAACCUCGACGAGACCAUAGUUCCACAUGGCACCUUUGGUGAAGUAAGUGUAGGAACGCAGGUUCUCAACUGCUCAGGGAAAGGACAGGAUGCAUGGGGACAUACAAACAGCGAGCCGAAGACCAAUGUCACUGCUUUAUGGAUGCCACCGAUGACAUGGACAGGCCCUCUCGUGGCAAGAGCAACAGUGGUAUAUUCGUUUGCGGUUUAUUGGCAGAACAUCACAUCUGAUAUCAUCACAUUUAAAAAUCAUUCGGACAAUGAAUCUCCAGUAAUUGACUGCCCUGUUGUUGAUGCUGUUAACGUAACUAAAGGAACCAGUGGCAGCAUGGUCAAUUUCAUGGUUACAGCACAUGAUGCCGACGAUGGUGAGAUAAGUCCAACUUGCUGGAUAGAAGAUGCCCUUGGUACUGAGACGCUCUAUCCAAGUUACAUCUUCCAAGUUGGAGACACAAUUGUAACAUGUAACGCAACUGAUACAUCAGGCAACACUGCUACUUGCUCAUUGACCAUAACUGUCUUAGACAAUGAAGAGCCCAAUAUGAUCUGCCCACCAAUUUAUAAUGAUGCUGUCAAUGUAAUGAAGGGAGUUAAUGGAAGUACGGUAAACCUGAAUGUGGCGGCACAUGACGUUGUGGAUGGUGAAAUCAGUCCAUUUUGUUUGACACUCUAUACAUUGGAGACAGUAUCUCAAGAGUACAUUUUCCCCGUUGGCGAAACAGUAGUACUAUGUGUAGCUACGGAUCGAUCAAACAACACGGCAUUUUGUUUUUUUUACGUUUACGUAUCGGACAACGAAAGUCCAGUAAUUAACUGCCCUGCUGUUGCUGCUGUCAAUGUUAGUAGCGAAACCAAUGGAAGUACCGUCAACCUCAAUGCGACAGCAAAUGAUAUCGUCGAUGGUCGGAUCAAUACAACUUGCUGGAUAGACGAUACAUUCGGUAUUCAUAGAGUAUCACCAGAUUACAUCUUCCCGGUUGGAGAAACAACUGUGACAUGUAACGCAUCCGAUGCAUCAGGCAACAGAGACACGUGUUCUUUUGGCGUAACAGUUUUAGACAAUGAGAUUCCAGUUAUUGACUGUCCAGCUGAUGAUUCUGUUACAAUAAAUAACGGAACCAGUGGAAGCACAGUAAACCUCAUGGUGACAGCAGCAGAUGUUGUCGAUGGUCAGGUCAAGACAACUUGCUGGAUAGAAGAUGACCUCGGUACUAAGAUAUACUAUCCAGGGUACAUCUUCCAAGUAGGAGAUACGAUUGUGACAUGUAACGCUUCUGAUGCAUCAGGCAACACUGCAACUUGCUCAUUUAACGUAGCUGUUGUAGACGAUGAAAAUCCAUUCAUCAAUUGCCCACUUGUCGAUGAUGUCAACGUAAAGAACGGAACCAAUGGAAGUACAAUCAACCUAAUGGUGACAGCAAACGAUAUCGUCGAUGGUCGGAUCAAUACAACUUGCUGGAUAGACGAUGCAUUCGGUAUUCAGAGAGUUUCUCCAGAUGUUAUCUUCCCCGUCGGAGAAACAACUGUGACAUGUAUCGCAUCGGAUGCAUCAGGCAACAGAGACACGUGUUCUUUUGACGUUACCGUUUUAGACAAUGAGAUUCCAGUUAUUGACUGCCCAGCUGAUGAUGUUGUAACCAUAAAUAACGGAUCCAAUGGAAGCACAGUAAACCUCACGGUGACAGCAACAGAUGUUGUCGAUGGUCAGGUCCAGACAACUUGCUGGAUAAAAGAUAACCUCGUUACUAAGAUAUACUAUCCAGGGUGCAUCUUCCAAGUAGGAGAUACGAUUGUGACAUGUAACGCUUCUGAUGCAUCAGGCAACACUGCAACUUGCUCAUUUAACGUAGCUGUUGUAGACGAUGAAAAUCCAUUCAUCAAUUGCCCACUUGUCGAUGCUGUCAACGUAAAGAACGGAACCAAUGGAAGUACAGUCAACCUAAUGGUGACAGCAAACGAUAUCGUCGAUGGUCGGAUCAAUACAACUUGCUGGAUAGAUGAUACAUUCGGUAUUCAAAGAGUUUCUCCAGAUUACAUCUUCCCGGUUGGAGAAACAACUGUGACAUGUAACGCAUCAGAUGCAUCAGGCAAUACAGACACGUGUUCUUUUGACGUUACCGUUUUAGAUCAUGAAAUACCUGUUAUCAACUGCCCAGUUGUUGAUUCCGUCAACGUAAAGAACGGAACCAAUGGAAGCACAGUAAACCUAAUGGUGACAGCAACAGAUGUUGUCGAUGGUCAGGUCGAGACAACUUGCUGGAUAGAAGAUGACCUCGGUACUAAGAUAUACUAUCCAGGGUACAUCUUCCAAGUAGGAGAUACGACUGUGACAUGUCACGCUUCUGAUGCAUCAGGCAACACUGCAACGUGCUCUUUUAACGUAGCAGUUGUAGACAAUGAAAUUCCAGUAAUUGACUGCCCUGUUGUUGAUGCUGUUAACGUAACUAAAGGAACCAGUGGCAGCAUGGUCAACUUCAUGGUUACAGCACAUGAUGCCGACGAUGGUGAGAUAAGUCCAACUUGCUGGAUAGAAGAUGCCCUUGGUACUGAGACGCUCUAUCCAAGUUACAUCUUCCAAGUUGGAGACACAACUGUAACAUGUAACGCAACUGAUACAUCAGGCAACACUGCUACUUGCUCAUUGACCAUAACUGUCUUAGACAAUGAAGAGCCCAUUAUGAACUGCCCACCACUUUAUAGUGAUGCUGUCAAUGUAAUGAAGGGAGUUAAUGGAAGUACGGUAAACCUGAAUGUGACGGCCCAUGACGUUGUGGAUGGUCAAAUCAGUCCAUUUUGUUUGACACUCUAUACAUUGGAGACAGUAUCUCAAGAGUACAUUUUCCCUGUUGGCGAAACAAUAGUACUAUGUGUAGCUACGGAUCGAUCAAACAACACGGCAUUUUGUUUUUUUUACGUUUACGUAUCGGACAACGAAAGUCCAGUAAUUAACUGCCCUGCUGUUGCUGCUGUCAAUGUUAGUAGCGAAACCAAUGGAAGUACCGUCAACCUCAAUGUGACAGCAAAUGAUAUCGUCGAUGGUCGGAUCAAUACAACUUGCUGGAUAGACGAUACAUUCGGUAUUCAUAGAGUAUCACCAGAUUACAUCUUCCCGGUUGGAGAAACAACUGUGACAUGUAACGCAUCCGAUGCAUCAGGCAACAGAGACACGUGUUCUUUUGGCGUAACAGUUUUAGACAAUGAGAUUCCAGUUAUUGACUGUCCAGCUGAUGAUUCUGUUACAAUAAAUAACGGAACCAGUGGAAGCACAGUAAACCUCAUGGUGACAGCAGCAGAUGUUGUCGAUGGUCAGGUCAAGACAACUUGCUGGAUAGAAGAUGACCUCGGUACUAAGAUAUACUAUCCAGGGUACAUCUUCCAAGUAGGAGAUACGAUUGUGACAUGUAACGCUUCUGAUGCAUCAGGCAACACUGCAACUUGCUCAUUUAACGUAGCUGUUGUAGACGAUGAAAAUCCAUUCAUCAAUUGCCCACUUGUCGAUGCUGUCAACGUAAAGAACGGAACCAAUGGAAGUACAGUCAACCUAAUGGUGACAGCAAACGAUAUCGUCGAUGGUCGGAUCAAUACAACUUGCUGGAUAGACGAUAAAUUCGGUAGCCAGAGAGUUUCUCCAGAUUACAUCUUCCCCGUUGGAGAAACAACUGUGACAUGUAUCGCAUCCGAUGCAUCAGGCAACAGAGACACGUGUUCUUUUGACGUAACAGUUUUAGACGAUGAAAAUCCAUUCAUCAAUUGCCCACUUGUCGAUGAUGUCAACGUAAAGAACGGAACCAAUGGAAGUACAAUCAACCUAAUGGUGACAGCAAACGAUAUCGUCGAUGGUCGGAUCAAUACAACUUGCUGGAUAGACGAUGCAUUCGGUAUUCAGAGAGUUUCUCCAGAUGUUAUCUUCCCCGUCGGAGAAACAACUGUGACAUGUAUCGCAUCGGAUGCAUCAGGCAACAGAGACACGUGUUCUUUUGACGUUACCGUUUUAGACAGGGAGAUUCCAGUUAUUGACUGCCCAGCUGACGAUGUUGUAACCAUAAAUAACGGAUCCAAUGGAAGCACAGUAAACCUCAUGGUGACAGCAACAGAUGUUGUCGAUGGUCAGGUCAAUACAACUUGCUGGAUAGACGAUAAAUUCGGUAGUCAGAGAGUUUCUCCUGAUUACAUCUUCCCGGUUGGAGAAACAACUGUGACAUGUAUUGCAUCCGAUGCAUCAGGCAACACAGACACGUGUUCUUUUGACGUUACCGUUUUAGAUCAUGAAAUACCUGUUAUUAACUGCCCAGCUGUUGAUGCCGUCAACAUAAAGAACGGAACCAAUGGAAGUACAGUAAACCUAAUGGUGACUGCAUUUGAUAUUGUCGAUGGUCAAAUCAGUACAACUUGUUGGGCUCUUGGUGAAUUCGGUACCGACAGAGUAACUCCAGAGUAUGUUUUCCUUGCCGGUGAUACCAUAGUACAAUGUAACGCUACGGAUACGUCUGGUAACACGGCAACGUGUUCUUUCAUCGUAAACGUAUCAGAUAACGCAAUUCCUGUAUUGGACUGCCCUUCUCACAUUAGCGAAGUUACUGAAACCAACGGAGCCGUGGUUGACGUCAUCGUGACGGCAUAUGAUGACGUCGACGGCCACGUCAAUUCAACAUGUUGGAUUGCAGAGAACGAAGUAGUGCCAGGGUACAUCUUCCCAGUUGGUGACUCAAUGGUAACUUGUACCGCAAUGGACGCAGCGGGUAAUACUGCAUUGUGCAAUAUUCUUAUCACAGUUUCAGAUAUAGCAGAGCCUGUUAUUGAAUGUCCAACCCAUGAGGCUGUUGACGUAACUUCAGGAAAGAACGGCAGUACCAUCAACUUAAUGGUUACAGCAAAUGACAUUGUUGAUGGACAAGUCAGUGUAACUUGUUACAUAAUAGAUACGUUUGGAAUUCAAACUGUGGCUUCGGGAUACUUUUUCCAAGUUGGGGACACUACAGUUAGUUGUAUCGCGUCUGAUGAAGCAGGCAACGUUGCAUCGUGUACAUUUGACGUCACUGUCUCGGAUAGAGAAAUACCAGUCAUCGAUUGCCCACCCGUUGAUUAUGUUAACGUAACUAAAGGAACCAAUGGAAUUACGGUUCCCUUAACGAUAACUGCGCAUGACAUUGUCGACGGUCAACUCAGUACGAUAUGUUGGGUAGUGGAUACGUUUGGAAUUGAACCAGUGUCUCCAGCCUACGUCUUUCACGCUGGUGUCACUAUGGUAACAUGUAACUCGUCCGAUUCAUCCGGUAACAUCGCACUCUGUACCUUUGACGUCACUGUUAUAGACAAUGAAAUUCCUGUUAUUGACUGCCCUUCGGGUGUUAAUGCUGCUACAAAAACAAAUGGAACGACCGCUGAGUUAAUGGUUGCUGCAUUUGAUAUUGUCGAUGGCCAAGUCGACACGACUUGUUGGAUUGGUGAGGCGUCUGUACUCAUGAGAACCAUAUCACCGGCGUACGUUUUCCAACUUGGCGACACAUUAGUGACAUGUACAGCAUCGGAUACAUCUGGUAACACUGCCACGUGUUCAUUUGUGGUAACAAUAACAGACGAAAAUGAGUGUUUAGAAGCUCCCUGCCCAGAUAAUAUUAUGUGUGCCAACCUUCUUGAUGGAUUCACCUGCCUCUGCUCUGCUGGCUAUAUCUGGAAUGGAACUCAUUGUGAUGAUGUUGAUGAAUGUAUAAAUGUGCAAUCACCCAGCUGUCCGGUGUUAUCCACGUGCGUCAAUUCCAUGGGUUCAUUCCAGUGUCUGUGUCAAGGUGGCUAUACAUUAACCAGCCAAUCGGAAACCGGGUUACUCUUCUGUUUGGAUAUCGACGAAUGUCUGGAUGAAGGCUUAGUUGAUUGCCAUAGCAACGCUGGAUGUUUCAACCAACUUGGUGGCUACACAUGUUUAUGUUUAGAAUCACAGGGUUACAGUGGCAACGGAACAUUUUGCGCAGCAUAUGACCUGUGUGAAAGCUCGCCAUGUUUGAAUCAAGGCAUCUGCAGCUCCACGCUAGGGACUGGUGUCUACAAUUGUGCAUGCACGGGUGAAUUUACAGGAACCAACUGCGGACUCUAUGUUGAACCUUUAGGUCAGCCAGCAGUUCUGAAACACCCUCGACCAGAUGUCACAGUAAAUCAAUACGAACCAGUAACGUUGCAGUGUAGUUUUGAUAAUGUGCAAAGUUUCGCCUGGUCUAGAAAUGGCGAGAUUAUCCCUGGGUCCGCCGGUAAAUCAUUCCUCACCAUUGGUGGGGCUACAUUAUCUGACAGAGGAUAUUAUAAGUGCAUUGGGACCGGUCUUCAAGAUGUAGCGAUCGAAACAAACUCUUCUCUACUGCUGAUUGCAGGUGUGUCUUCAUUCACAACAAUUACUAGAUAUCCAACACUGACAUUUAACGAGAGGUUCUCGGAUAAAACCUCAUCGGAAUUCCAACAAGCAUCUGCACAAAUUACAAGCUUUCUCACUGAAGGUGUACAGUCUGCCGUUGCUUCACCGACUGUGGUCGUUGAAGCACUCCAAAGUGGGAGUGUGAUUGCCACUUCCAACAUUCUUACUCUGGACCAGACUAUGACAUCUGACCUGGAGAAGCUAAAUGCCAUCUUGGAGACGUUGUUGGCGCUUGCAAUGGCCUCAAAUGGAUUUCUGGAUCCGUCGUCUAUAUCGAUCCAAAGCACGGGAAGUUGUGUGGAAACCACGUGGUCGUCAAUUUACGGAACGAUUACGUUCCCGCCUAGAAAAUUGGGAAGUAUUGCUGAUUCUGAACCAGAUCUUCUGUGCCCCGACUACACACUCAAUGCCGGGAUGGUCAUCGGAACUGCUGUAUGUGUUGGCGACGGGUUCUCGGUGGCAAGAUGGAGUCCAGCCAACCAGCCUGAGUUAAACUGUGGACGGAACCUAACGACUGAUGAAAAACUGGAAAUCUUAAACCAGGUCGUUGUUACAGAAACGAAUGUAAUGGAAGUCGCAACUCAAGUCGUAGCUCUUACGGAGGACGCAGCAUCAAUGACUGACAAUGGCGUCUCGUCUACUGCGGAUAUCAUGGAAAAAGUAGCCAGUGUCGAUUCAGUUACUUCAGAGGUAACGGUUACUAUUGUGGAUGCCGUCGGAAAUCUUAUCGAUGUCAACGACGAAGCCUUGAAACAAGCUGAAGCUACUACAAGAGGUCCGAGCAGGGUCGUCAAAGUCCUGGAAAAACAACUGGAGAAUGUGCAAGUCUCCAUGAAUUCAUCUUUCCGUGAAGUACAUCCCAACAUUGCCGUUGAGGUCCGGAGAGUGGCCGAUUCGACCCUCCUGAGCGGGUUGGGGUUUGCGAGUGCAGCUGCAUCGUCGGAGGAGGGGAGUUUUGACAACUCCAGCCUGGUGGUCAUGGAAGGAAAUGAAAUGAGCAACCACGAUGAGAUGACAGCUGUGCUUAUUCUUCCUCCUGAAGUCAAUAUCUUAGCGCGAGAUGACGAGGAUGAGGGAACUCGUGUUUCUUUCACCGUCUUCAGAAAAAGAAACUUAUUCCAGUCAAGUAGGCUUACAGACUUCAACCAAAAUGAAAACAAUUUCAACCGCACGAUUAACACUCGUGUCAUGUCGGCCACUGUGGGAACUCAACCGAUCAGGAACCUCAACGAACCGGUGACAAUAAUACUAAACAGGCUCGAUAACGGGUCCUUUGUGAACAACACGGCUUGUGUUUUCUGGGAUUUCGAUUUUGGAAUCUGGUCAUCCGAAGGAUGUACAUUGCGUGAGAACUACGGGACAGACCAACAGGUUGCUUGCAGGUGCGAUCAUCUCACCAACUUUGCAGCUCUCAUGGAUAUUUAUCCAGAGUCUUCGUUGACCGAGACGCAAGAGUUUAUUCUCAAGUUACUCAGCCUUAUUGGGUGUGGAAUGUCCAUCCUUGGUCUGAGUGUUACCAUGGUUACCUACAUCAGUCACAGGAAACUUCGUGAGAAGAGCCCAAACCAGAUCCUUCUUAAUCUCUGCUCAUCUCUGUUGGGUUUAUACAUCACCUUCGUAGUUGCCACGGUUUUGGAUUCACAACAAGGCGUGGCCGAGGUAGACGUGUUACCAUGCUGUAUUCUCGCUGGUCUCCUGCAUUACUUCACUCUGACGUCACUAUGUUGGAUGGGCGUGGAAGGGUUCAACAUGUACCUACUUUUCAUAAGAAUAGUCAAUGUAUACAUCCCAAAAUUCAUGUUGAAAGCAGCCCUCGUAGCUUGGGGUGUCCCGAUGCUGAUCGUAUCUAUCACUGUUGGAGUAACCAGAGAGGACUAUGUCGAAACAGACUUUUGUUUCUUAAAGACUACCCCGAUGAUUGCUUCUCUCCUGGUCCCAAUUGGACUCAUCAUCGUCUUCAACCUCGUCAUCUUUUCCAUGGUCGUCCGGAAAUUUAUCAUCACAACGUCAGACAAAUCAGCUCUAAGGACCAGUGAGAAGCGACUCUCGAAGCGCAAACUGCACAAGCAGCGUUUACAGAACGCCCUCACCGUCAUGACCCUGAUAGGAUUAACGUGGUCAAUAGGAUAUCUUAAUCUCGUCCAACCAAUCAGCUUCCCCAUCCAGCUAAUCUUCUGUCUACUCAAUACACUGCAAGGAUAUUUCAUCUUCAUGCUGUACGGUGUACGCCAACCCGAAGUCCGGAGACACUGGAAGCACUGUUGUGCGCUUCAGCCAUCGAACUCGUGGUCCGGUAGGACUUAUUCAGACCAACAAUCGUCAUCAGCUAAAACACAACUAAGGACACCAUUUGACCCUAAGAGUGUACCCCAGCCAACAUCGCAGAUAUAUCGUAGAGGCUUUCAUAAUUAAAGGAAGUAGAUUGUUGCC